AGCACUCCCAUCACGCGGCAUUUAUGACUCCGUCUCUUCCCAUCGUCCUCAGCGUCCCCUUCUUCUCCUUCGUAUCAAAACCAAACCCUACUUCUCCAAUCUCCCCCCAAAACCAUGUAUAAAUCUCCAAUCCAAUCCAUCCCUUCAAGAACCCUAGAAUCCCAGAUCCAAAUCUCCACCACAAAUCCAUGGCGUCGGCGCCGGAACCGACCAACGGACUUCCCUUCACGAUCGUGCUUGUGACGACGUGGUACUCGUGCAACAUCGGCCUUCUCCUUCUGAACAAGUACUUGCUCUCCAACUAUGGAUUCAGCUACCCGAUCUUCCUCACCAUGUGCCAUAUGACGGCGUGCUCGCUCUUGAGCUAUGCGUCGGUGGCGUGGUUGAAGGUUGUGCCUCUUCAAAUAGUGAGAUCGCGUGUUCAGUUGUUGAAGAUCGCUGCUCUUAGCCUUGUCUUUUGCUUCUCCGUCGUUGGCGGCAACAUCUCGUUGAAGUUUCUUCCGGUGUCGUUCAACCAGGCCGUUGGGUGCGACGACGCCGUUCUUCACCGCCGUGUUCGCGUAUUUCAUGGCGAUGAAGCGCGAGACUUGGAUCACGUAUCUCACUCUCGUUCCGGUCGUCGCCGGCGUCAUGAUCGCCAGCCGGGGGGAGAGCCAAGUUUUCAUCUAUUUGGAUUUAUCAUGUGUAUUAGUGCAACUGCUGCAAGGGCACUCAAGUCAGUGUUACAAGGAAUUUUGUUAUCUUCUGAAGGGGAAAAGCUAAAUUCUAUCAAUCUUCUUCUAUAUAUGGCGCCGAUUGCUGUUAUUUUCCUACUUCCUGCAACAAUAAUCAUGGAGCCCAAUGUUCUUGCCAUCACAGUAACACUUGCUAGGGAAGAUAAAAAGAUCAUUUGUUAUCUGCUUUUCAAUUCCUCCAUGGCUUAUUUCGUCAACCUAACCAAUUUCCUCGUUACCAAACAUACUAGUGCCUUGACUCUACAGGUUCUUGGUAAUGCCAAAGGUGCAGUGGCAGUUGUGAUUUCAAUACUGAUAUUCAGAAACCCUGUAUCCUUAACUGGGAUGCUGGGCUAUGCACUCACUGUCUUUGGGGUUGUUCUUUACAGUGAAUCUAAAAAGCGUAGCAAGUAGCAGAACCUUUGGUUUUUUUUUUAAAAAAAUCUUGUAAUGUCAAUUCCAAGUGGCAAAA